AUGAAGAUAAGGCAGGAGAAGAACGGAGGCGCGUGGUGUCCUAAGGCGCAGAUAAGCAGUGACGUGAAGGAGUAUCUGGAGGUGGACCUCCAGAAGAACCACCUGAUGACGUGGACCGAGACACAGGGUCGCUUCGGUAACGGUCAGGGCCAGGAGUACGCCGAGGCGUUUUUGGUAGAGUACUGGAGAGCGUCUCUCAACCAGUGGGUCACGUAUAAAGAUUCCAGAGGAGAGAAGGUGCUCACAGGGAACAGUAACACCUACCUCGUGGUGCGACAACGUCUAGAAUUGCCGUUCGUCGCCAGCAAGGUGCGUUUCAUCCCCUACAGCGAGCAUCCCAGGACGGUUUGCAUGCGCGUGGAACUCUACGGAUGCUCUUGGGAACAGAAUAUUAUAAAAUAUGAAGCACCUCGAGGGGAGGUUCGAGAACCCGACAUAGACCUUGAGGACAUUAGCUACGAUGGCAUUUUAGAUGGAAGUUUAAUGAAGGGUGGUCUAGGACAACUUGUUGACGGACUCUACGGGGAUGACGACUACCAGAAACAAUUACAAGGAGAACAUUCAGGCAGUAGAUGGAUAGGCUGGAACAACGACACUCACGAUGGUGAACAGCUCAACAUCACCUUUGAGUUCGACGCCAUAAGAGAAUUCAACUCUGUGCACCUGCACACAAACAACAUGUUCAGCAGAGGAGUACAGGUAUUUUCGCUGGCGGAAAUUUGGUUCAGCCUCGACGGCGAGCGGUACCAAUCGAACCCCAUCCGGACCGUCAUCCCCGCGGACAGGAUGCGAGAAUCCGCCCGAAAUAUUACCAUCCAACUCCGUGGACGCCCUGCCAAAUUCAUCAGGCUAAAACUCUUCUUCGCCGACAAAUGGAUACUGCUGAGUGAGGUGUCCUUCGAAUCAGUCGCUCUUCCCAACAACCUCACUGAAGACGACCUUCAAAGGUACUACCUACUACCUGAGACGACGGUGUCAACGACUGCACCAGGCUCGUCCAGUGGAGAGACGACCCAUGCCAGGAAAGAGGUCACACCCGCCACGAGCCCUACUAGCAGUACUCAAGCAUACAUAGGCCUUAUUACAGGAGCUUUGGCGAUGAUUGUGCUCCUGUUAGCAUGUACCGUAUUUCUAAUGAUCAGAAGGGGUAGAAAGAAAGUGGCUCUUCUUCACAAGCACACAGCUUUGGUGUCCAGCAGCACAAAACCCACAACGAUAAACAUGAAGGAUCUCAAGCACAUGUCUACCCCCAUCAUCAACAACGGGCUAUCAAGAUCCAGGCUGUCUGUGAAAAGCAAAGGCAACACGAUAAGCAGCGUCGAUUCCAAGAAGCAGAAGAAGUGUAAUCUGUAUGGUCACGUGGCAGGUGAAGAAUCGGAUAGCGAGAACUCUUCCGUUUACCACGAACCUUACAAGCUAUUGCCUAAUGCCAAACAAGAAUACGGGUGUCUGCUGAAGAAGGACGCCAUAUCGUCUAGCAAAAGUGGAGAAUAUACAGAUUUCACGAGCGUGAACAGCUUCCAGGAGGACCUGAAGUUCUCGUCGCCGUCGUUCUACAACUUGACGCCGCCGCCCCCGCCGUCGUCCCGGCCGCCCACCUACGACGUCCAGAACUACCAGGCGCCCAACAACACGCCUAAUGGGUCCAUCCCCGCCCCCGAGAACUACUACGCCGCCACGGACAUUAUAAAGGGCGAGCGACGGGAGCAACAUUUCACGCCGGGUCGAUUCACUCCGAUUAAGCUGCCCGAAGGACCACCGCUGGAAGGAGUCGCCCAUCUGUUAGACUUCCCCAGGCACAGGCUCAGACUGCUGGAGAAGCUGGGCGAGGGUGACUUCGGCAUGGUUCAUCUGUGCGAAGCAGAAGGUCUUCCAGACUUCAACGGUGGAUCUUCUUUCCACAAGAAACAACUGGUUAUCGUGAAGAGCUUAUGGAGAGGCUGUGGAGAUGCGAAAAGGCACGAGUUCCUCAGGGAGACCAGUUGGCUGGCGGGUCUUCGCGACCCCAACCUGGCGCGAGUGGUCGGCUUCUGCAGCCAGGACGAGCCCAUGUGCGCCCUACUGGAGCACUCCGAGCCCGGGGACUUGCCCAGGUUCCUCGCCCAGAGGGCAGUUGGCGAAGAUGGCGGCUCCGUCGCUCCUUCUGUUAG